AUUCGUCUGUAUUAUGGCGAUGUUCCUAUACAACUAUGUGAUAGCAGGGUGGAUGGAUUUAACUGUGUAUGGCUACCAUGAUACUAGUCUGAAUGCACCGGAGCAUAUGAGUUUGAAUGACCUGUUAGGGUGGUUGUACAAUAUGUUCGCGGUAGAUCCAGUGCUCGAUAAAUUUGUGAUAAACGCCGUGUGGCCAGUGAGGGGUCAACAUGGAUGGCAGUGGAGAGUAGCGCAGGUUGCGUCAACCGAGAGUUGGAGAAGUUUGUUAGUAAAGUAAGGGAGAAAAGGUAUAGCCUGACAAUACUGGUGCACAAACACCACGUGUUGAUCAAUCGGAGGAGCCAAGUCAAGAAACUACGUUAGAAGGUGUAGAAGCGGAAAAUGUUUGGCCGACUGAUCAAGGUGGAGAGGAAGAAGCAGUAGAGGGUAGUACACAAGCAGAUAUCAUUGUUCGGAACUAUCCCGGCCUUUAACCACCUUUCAUUUCAUCACCUGCCUCUUACUUGACUAAUCAUUCAUGUCUUCUUUUGAAGGCUUCUUUGGCUGCCUCGACUAUUAGUCGCAGCGGUAAGCCAAUUGAAUACUCCACAUUGGCCAUUCCAGCCCUCGGCCAUGGCGCUCCUUUCCCCUCGGAGUAUAUCAAGAACUUUGCUGAAGCACCAAGUCCUCCGAGGAGGUUGAAAAGAAAGAAGCGUACCAGCAAAGCUACCAAGAAGAAGGCCAAAAUAAUCGUGGAGGCCGUACCUAUGGAUACCUCGUCAGCUGAUAUCGACGUGGCCAUCAACGCUGCAGCCGACGAGCAGUCAGAUGACAACGCGGAUCCUCAGCCUCCUCCUGCCAGCACAACAAGAAGUUCUCCAAAGACGAGCAUCAAGUACAAGCCCUCCACAGCGUCUGCAAUUCCCAACGUGUCAACCCCACUAGCCGAUCCUACUCUGCAGCCAACAGCAACCACCGAAGAGAUGACUGCACCGACGACCACACCUGUCCAGCUAGCCGACGCUGCUCCCAUUACGCAGGAUCUAAAUGACUUCUUCUGUUUCGACGUCGGCCAGUACCUGGACCCAUUCGAAGUCGAUGCCGAUACUCCUGCUACCCUGUCGGCUGACAUCAAAGAACAGAUCACCAACAUCUUAGCGAGGCUAGAUUACCCCAUCAAUACGCUUAUCAAUGACGUCGGCUCGAUCAGAUCCAGAAUUGAAGAAAUACAAGAUCAGCUGCCCGACGACUUGAUAGAUGCGAUAGCUCCGGUGGGUUAUAUUGAAUCUCAUCGACUUCCCGUGCUUCGAGCUUGCCAGCAGAUUGCCGAUCAUGCCUCUCAAGCUUCAGCCCAAGUGAAGAUACAGGCCGAUCGGGAAAAGGUUGUUGCUGAGAAGGCCAAACUCGACGAACUCCAAUCGGCUGCGCCGGGAAUAUCGGCCAUCAUUAAUGAACUGAAGGCAAAGAAGGCUGACUUGGAAGCGCAGCUAGCCAAGGUCAUAGAGAGCCUUGCUGUUGAAGAACAAAGGCUAGCCAACCUACCAUCAGCUAUUGCUACCCAAGAGCAAACCUUGAAGUCGGUCAUCCAGACUGUCAUUCACAGCUGUCAAUCCCUGAAGGCAAUCUCUGGCACUGAUGCUGACGAUCUGAAGAUCAUCCAGGAUGCCGACAAUGUCCGCCUGCAUGCGACGGCAGCCCUUAAGAAGUACUUGGGCUUGUAAUUAUUUGACUUCAAUUUCUUGUUGGUUGUCUAAUAACUUUGGUACUCUCAUUAACUUGUAGUAUGGCUUGACGCUUUUUGCCUUACCGAUGAUAUAACCCUUGCCUUUU